CUUGUUGAAAUGAGAGCGCAAUUAUUAUUGUUGUCAGUGUUAGUUCUAUGUACACUAUCAUCGAUAUGGUGUAAAGUAUAUCGCAAAUCAAUCACAAGAAAAGUAAAAGUGGCAAAUCGACUGUGGGGUGGCAUGAAAUCGAAUACGGGCCCGAAUAUGGGCGGAUGGCUGAUUCGGAUCACAAAUGCCGAUGGUGCAUUUGCUUGCUGUGGUGCCUACUACUCGCAUCAUUUGGUUAUCUCAUCGGCCAAUUGUAUGGAACCAUUCCGUUGGAAUCCGUCUGGCGUCACUGCCGAGGGUACCGCCUUCAAAGAAGAUGAGACCGAAAAUUUUGCCGAAGUCGAGUACGUUUAUAUUCCUGAUGAUUUUGUGGCUGGCCAAACUAAAUCGGAUAUAGCACUGAUUCUAUUGCGAAUGCCGAUCAAAGGCAGAUUGACAGAGUUUAUCAAACUGUGCGAUACUCCGCCAGAUACGGGCAUCUUUUAUAAUACAUUCGGCUGGGGAUAUAGCAGCAUCGUUGUGCAGAAACCAUCAACGAACCCGAGGACUGUAGUUGUUCCGUUUCAGAAUAAGGAAGAAUGUGCAACGAAGUACAAAGCAGGAUUUCUAUCGGAUACGAUUCUGUGCGUAGUUCAACCGAAGGAUCGUCGAGAUUGCCUCUACGACGACGGCUCGCCGCUGGUUUACAAACAAGAACUCUGUGGCAUUGCUUCGAUUGGCUUCACGUGCCAGAAUACUUCGACGCCUGCCAUUUAUACGGACAUCAUGAAGAUAAAAAAUUACAUUAAUGAAAUUGAAAACACUAUUAGAAAAGAUUCUAAGGGCCGGAAAAUGGUUAGAACUCUAUGGGGAGAAAAUAAUUAUUAAGCUUGUAAAACAAGUUUUAGAGCAAUAGUUUUUAAAACUGUUAUAUUUUCAAAUUUAAACCAAUACAUCUUCGACCAAAACUUAUUGUUUUUUAUU